AUGAGCCAGCGGCCGCACUGCCGCCACUGCUCCAUGGCGCCCGCCGGGCCGCCCGCUCAGCGCCGCGCUCGGGCCAAAGUGCGGCGGCCGCGGGUCAUCCCGCCCGGCCGCGCCGGGCUCCGCGGCCGGGGCGGGGCUUCCCGCGGGCGGCCGGGCGCCCCCGCGCCGCCGAGCGUCCCUCCUCUUCCUCCUCGGGCUCCUCGCGGGCCGCCGCUCCCGCCCACGUGCGGCCGCGCUGUAGGCGCCGGGCAGCGCGCCGCGUCCUCGGCUCACACACACGAGUCCGCCUGGGCCCCGGGCCGGGCUCCGCGCCGUCCACCGCCGCAGCGCUCCGCGAUCAGCGCCGCCGGGCGCCGCAUUCUGCGCGCGGGGCGCCCCGUGGCCGCCGCGGUUCCUGCCCCGCCCGAGACAAAGGCCCGGCGGGUCGCUUGCUCCGCGCGUCCCGGGCCUGGGCCGUCCUCGCCGCCGCCGCCGCCGCCGCCGCUUUGUUCGCCCCGCCUGCGGGCUCCGCGCUCCAAGCUCCGACUCAGAGGCUCCGCGGCUCCCGGGCACUGGGGGCGCGGGGGCGCGGGGGGCGCGGCCACGGGCGGGGCGGGGCGGAGGCGGGGCGCUGGCUGGGCACCUCCCCGAGACCCAGGCACCGCCCCCGCCCCCGCUCCACUUCCUGCCCCUCUGCCACCCGCAAAAGUUGCGGAGGGCUGGGGCUCGGGGCCCGCAGGCGCGCUGCUAGCGGAACCCGGACUUUGGGGAGCUCUGCGCCCGGGGCAAGAGACCUCGCCUACGGAGUGACGGCCAGUCGCCGUCUGUGCGUCUCUUCCUGCGUACAGUUCCUGAAGAUCAAUAGUUGGCCCCUGUCACGCCAGACGCUUCCACACGGCCAGAAGGGGCCACCGACUGGACCGAGGCCUCUCCCGCCCCUUCGGCUCAUGAGGCCACCCCCGCGGGAUUAAUCGACGUCGGAUGUGCACGGACCGGGGACGCGCCCAGAGCCAGUUCCCAUCCUCCUUCCUGGCCUGGGACCGGCAGGAAGCCCCCCUCCCGACCCUGCACGGGGGCAGGGAUUCCCCUGCGUUACGACCCAGAGGCCACUCUGGCCACUCGCAGCUGCCCAGAGGGCAAAUCCUGGCGUCCGGGCUGGGGUGGCUCCGCCAGCAAGAAAGGGGCCUCUGUCCGCACCGGUCUGGGCCUUCCUGCCUGGGUGGAGAACAAACCGAGAUGAUGAGCCCCGAGGCUGGGACGCCGGCGAGGCAGCCACGGCGCAGACGGUCGUCUGCUGCCCCCUGGUGGGCAUGGAGGACACUGUCGCCACCUGGCUGCCCCUUUCCGGGGGCCGCUGCCCAGCUUCUCCGGGAACAGUGGAGCCAGAGGCCCGGGCCCCCCGCUGCCUGCGUGGUCCUGAGCGAGUCACAACACUCGCCGCAGUCCCAGUGUUUCAUUUUGUUUUUCAUGAUUAUAUUUAUUUUUAGAGAGGGGGAAGGGAGGGAGAAAAAGGGAG